AUGCGCCCGCCGCAGCCAGAGACUUGUGUCAAGUUCGGUAAGUAUAUAGCUACUAAAUCAAUUUCGUUAACUAAAACUUCAAACGUUACAAUUCCCCCUCCAUUCCGUGGCCCUGCUGUGGCAGAGCUUCCCCCCAAGGGGGCCGGUUGGGUCCAAUCGGUGCCGCUGGCCUGGCUUUUUUUAUUGAACUUUUGGGACUUUAAUACAAUUACAGUACAGGUUCUGUUUUGGCUUCCAAGGCCUUGGUGUGGGUCCCGAUGCCUGCCAGCUGCCAGGCAGGGGUUGGCAGAGCCCCCAUGUGGUGAGCGGCCCCUGACCAAAGAAUGGAGAGGAUUACAAUGA